AUGGAAAUGCCGGCAGAACGGUGGCAAUCCAUAGACGGCUUGGUCUCAGUGGGUGGUGAUGGGCUUUUCAAUGAGCUUUUAUCCGGAGCCCUUUUACGUACACAGCUGGAAGCUGGAAUGAACAUUGAUGAUCCGGCCACAGAACAACUACAAACACCUCAUAUUCGCUUUGGAAUCAUUGGCGCAGGCUCAGCCAAUUCAAUAGUAAGCACCGUUCAUGAAACGUCUGAUUUUGCCACGGCUGCAGUUCAUAUUGCUAUUGGUCUUCUCUAUCAAAAUCAGGAACAAAAUCAGUUUUUGGCCUUCUCGUCAGGAUGGUCAUUGCCGAUCUUAAACGCCCAAGCCAAGUUGGCACUAAGCAGUCGUCCUAAAAUCAAAUCGCUAAUGGUCUUUGCUAAAUGCACCAAACACGUCACAAGUUCCGAAUGUAACGUGGACGUUUGCACAGUACACAAACAGAACCAUCUGAUACGAAUCUCGGCAAAUGCGAUCUCAUACGGUUGGCUGGGAGAUGUGCUUCGAGACUCGGAACGCUUCCGAUGGUUGGGCCCCAUUAGAUAUCAGUGGAGCGCACUGCGAACUACUAUACGUCAUCCGAUCUACAAAGGAAAAGUUCAGUUCACGUUGUCGCGAAAGGAGACAGAGGAUCCAAAUAAAAUGCUUCCUCCUUGCACAAAACCUGAUCAACAAAUAUGCGUGGCUUAUCCACGGUACGAUUACCACUGGCAUGCCGAAUUCACCCAUGUCAUCUGCUGCAUCGGUGACGGGACCCUAGACUUAGCUUUAGUUCCGAGAAUCUCAAGAUGGCAUAACAUACAGUUUAUGCGUAAAGUGGCUAUGUACGGGGGAAAAGGGUUAUAUCAACUUGACCGUACACUUUGUUGCUUCCGUGUGUUGCGAUGGUCGUUCGAACCAGAUGCUGAUCAAGUAGAUCCAGGUGUUUGGAAUUUGGACGGAGAAAUUUUGGAGCAGCCCAAGAGCACGGCAUUGCAUUUCAGAUUACAUCCUCGACUAAUCAGUUUCUUUGGCCGUGACGCUGCAAUGAUUGAG